AUGUCCUUUCAUUCAAUGAAAAAAGAUUUCAUCCUUACGGUGUUGAACAUCGAGGUUCCUAAAUUUAUUCAAAUUUAUUUCCAUAUACCUAGACAAGAAAUAAUCAGUAUUAGUCAAAUUAUUUUAGAUAACAUUCAUGAAAAUUCCAUCAACAUUACUGAAUUAAUAGAAGAAGAAUUGGGUUUAUAUUUAGGGAAAGAUAUAGUAAUUGAAAUAUUUAAAAGAUAUCGUGAAUUAAUUAAUGUUUUCAAUCAUUUUAAAAUACCUGGUGAUAUGGUUUGUCCAAAUGGUGAUAAUUGUCCUGGAAAUAUUUGUACAUUAUGGCAUCCAUCUAAAUCAAAUUUAACUAGAGUUCCAGAAUAUAGAGCACCAACCCUUACAUAUUUUGAUCCUUAUGUUUAUCCUCAAUUUUUACAACAAUGUUUAAUGGUUACUUGCAAUAAUAUGGAUUGUGUAAAACGUCAUCCAACUUCAAGUUAUCUUUGUAGAAAUGGUGCAGAAUGUCCUAGAAUCAAUUGUUAUUAUUAUCAUGAUUUUUCUCAAGAUUGCAAAUUUGGUGAAGAUUGUAGUUUAAAUAACUGUCCUUUUAAUCAUGAAGAUUCGACAGAAUCGACGGACACAGAAUACGAUCAUGAAAAGUAUCUUAGUGAUUUUUAA